AUGCGAGAAAAGGCCUCAGCUGAUUUUCCUUUUGACGCAGAACCAGAAAGAACAUUGCACACUAGACCUAGACAAGCAAAAAGAGGAAGAUUGGCAGCAUACGAAGGAGAACAGAUCAUAAGAGAUAAAGAAGAAGAAGAAGUUUCUGUUAAUUCAGAAUAUUCUGCUUCAGAUACGGAGACUAUUCCCGAAACGAUGGCAGCUGACCCACCUCCACCUGUCGAAAGACUCCUUGGAGAUUAUGAAGGAAAUAAUUUACCGGCUGGUCGGAUGACAAUUGUGAACCAACCGGUGAAUGCGGCACAAUUUCAACUGCAUCCUAGCACCAUAAAUCAACUUGAAAGGCGUUCUUUUUCUGGAAGGGUGAACGAAGAUGAAAAUAAACAUCUUCAACAGUUUCUCACCAUGAGUACCACUCUGAAGAUAGACGGACAUACAGAGGAAGAAAAAAGGUUACGAAUGUUUCCGUUUACUUUAACGGAUGAGGCGGAAGAAUGGUUCUAUUCCCUACCAGCUGGUAGCAUUACAACUUGGGAAGAGAUGGAAACAGCUUUUCUGAAGGAAUACUUUCCUGCUUUAGUGUCAUUGAGAAAAAUAUACGACAUUAUGGCUUUCAAGCAAAAAGAAGGCGAAGUGCUGGGGGAAGCAUAUAAAAGAUUCAAAAGACUCCUAAUGGCAUAUCCUACUCACAAUAUGAACGCAAAUGCACAGAUGCAAAUGUUUAUAAAUGGUUUAAGACUCAAGACAAGACAAAUUCUUGACUCAGCUGCCGGUGGCUCAUCGAAUUUUGCAAUAGCCUCCGGUAUGAAAAAAAUAAUUGAAGCUGUAGCUGCUAAUGAACAUUUGGAGCUAUAUGACAGGGUCGCGAAUAAACCAGAGGGAGUGGUUGAUUUUAAUAUGGAAACCAACAAACAUGUGAAGAUUGAAGAAAAAGUUGCUACAGAGGUGGAAAAGAGAUUGAAGGCUCUGAACAUAGGAGUUCAAAAAGUGGCUCACGUCCAACAAACACCAAGUGAGGCAUGUGAGAUUUGCAAUGGACCACACAUCACUGUUCAAUGCCUUGCAACUCCACAUCAGAUGGAGGAGAUUAAAUUCUUGAAGAAGAAUAAUCCCUACUCUAACUCGUAUAAUCCUGGAUGGAAAAACCAUCCAAACUUUGCAUGGAGAGAUCAAAAAGGGAACACAAAUGCUCAAGCACCAGGUGGCCUACCAAGUGCAACAAUAGCAAACCCAAGAGACAAUCACAUUUUGAAAGCUAUAUUAACAAGAAGCGGUAAAACCGUGGGGAAUGUUGAAGAAGAGGAAAUUGAAGAUGAAGGAUUACUAGAAGUAGAUCUAGAAAUCAGAGAUGAUCUAAAACAAACUGAACCGAUUGUUGUUGCUCCUCUUGUGGAUGAGAAAAAGAAAAAAAGUGAACCUCAGCAAAAAAUUGUUCUCCCAUGUCCUCAAAGAGCAAAGAAGAAAGACCUUACUGAGAAAAAAUUUGAGAAAUUCUUGGAACUGUUCAAGAAGCUUGAAAUUAACAUUCCGUUUGCUGAGGCGUUGGAGCAGAUGCCUAUAUAUGCCAAAUUAAUGAAGGACAUCAUCUCUAAGAAGCGUUCCAUUAGCACGGAACCGAUAUUGCUAACAGAAACAUUUAGUGCUAUUUUGCAGGGUCUCAAAAUUCUGAUUAAAAAGAAAGAUCGAGGUGCUGUGACUAUUCCUUGCACCAUUGGAGACAGAUCAUUCAAAAAGGCGCUGAUUGAUUUAUGUGCCAGUGUGAGUUUGAUGCCUCUUUCUAUUUACAAAAAGCUUGAGUUGGGUGAGGUACAAGAUACUCGUAUGACACUUCAAUUUGCAGAUCACUCAAUGAAAAGACCUUAUGGUAUUGCAACUGAUGUCCUUGUGAAGAUUGAUAAAUUUGUUUUUCCUGUGGAUUUUGUGGUACUUGAAAUGCUAGAAGACGAAGAAAUCCCUUUGAUUCUAGGAAGACCGUUUCUAGAGACAGGAAGGUGUAUGAUAGAUAUUGAGGAAGGCACCAUGACCCUAAAAGUCUAUGACAAAGAGUUGAAAAUUAAUGUAAGGGAUGCUAUGAAAUUUAUAGAUGAAGACGGGACAAGUAAAAGUGUUGAAGUGUUAGAUACAGUCUUUAUUCAAUAUGUUGAGAACAAGAUGCUUGAACUACCAUUGGAAAGUGUUUUAAGCUUGUCAAUUUUUGAAAAUGGGUCAAAGACAGAUGUGGAAAAAUCAGAAGUCCUGGGAAUGUUAGAAGCUCAACCUCAGUGGAAAAGAUCUAAACCGUACCGAUGGGAAGAGUUGAGACCUAGUCAACCCAUUGAAGAAAAACAAGAAACAAAGAAAGGAACAGAGUUGAAACAGUUACCCGAAAAUCUCAAGUACAUUUUUCUCGAUUCUGAGGAGAAAUGUCUAGCGAUUAUCAACUCGGGUUUAAAAGAAAUUCAAGAAGAAAAACUCAUAAAGAUUGAAGGUGAUCAUGAGGUGAAGCUUCAAUCUGAAGUGAAGAAGAUGGAGAAGAAUUGA